GAAAAGCAUGUUGUGUAUCAUACAGUACACAUUCACACCUGAAUGCAAAUGAGGGGGAAGGAUCCACAUUACUUUUAAUCCCAAACUAAUGAAAAGCCUUCAGUAAACACAAUGUGCAUGUAAUGGCCUCUGGGCAUCAAACUGCAUCCAUUGAAAGCAGAUUAGCAUGGGCGAGGGAGAGAAACUAAAUUAUUAUGCAAUCACAGAAGGGUUUCAAUCCUCCAUUGUGCACAAUGUUUGUGUACUGGCUGGCUGGCUUCACGUUACAUCAAGUGCUCUACCAGUAUCACCCCUACUGCUUGCUGAAGAGAAAUGGAUUGGUCUGAAACUAGUUUGAUUUUGCUGGUGCUUGCCCUGACUGUCCUGUUUGUUAUGAAUAGUGCGAGUUUCUGGAAGAGAGGCAGCAGAAAGGACAUCCCCCCAGGACCGAGGCCUUUACCUCUCAUUGGAAAUCUGCUCAUCAUGGAUCUGAAGAGGCCCUUUCAAACUAUCCUAGAGCUGUCGGAAACCUAUGGCCCUGUCUUCAGUAUUCAGAUGGGAUUAACGAAGAUGGUGGUGAUCUCAGGUUACGAGACAGUGAAGGAAGCUCUUGUGAACCAGGCAGAUGCAUUUGCAGAGAGACCUAAAGUCCCAUUUUUUGAAGCAGUAUCCAAAGGAAAUGGUAUUAUUUUAUCACACGGGGAAAAUUGGAAAGUGAUGCGAAGAUUUACUCUCUCAACCUUACGAGACUUUGGAAUGGGCAAGAGGGCCAUUGAGGACCAGAUUGUUGAAGAGUGUGAAUAUCUGAUAGAGAAACUGGAAUCUCAGAAAGGAAAGCCCUUUGAGUCCGCUUCAAUAAUGGCUGGAGCAGUUGCUAAUAUCAUUGUAUCUAUAUUACUCGGAGAGAGGUUUGGCUACGAAGACACACGAUUCAUUAGACUUCUAAAUUUGAUCAAUGAAAACAUCACCAUUGCUGGAAGUGCCUCAAUUGCGGUCUAUAAUAUGUUCCCAGCCCUUGGAUUUCUCCUGAAGAGUCACAAGAUUGCUUUUCAAAACAGAGAUACAUUUCAUACUUUUAUAGAAAAGACUUUUGUGGAACACCUCAAAACACUGGACAGAAAUGACCAGCGAAGUUUCAUUGAUGCUUUCCUUGUAAAACAGCAAGAGGAAAAAAGUGACACCAAUGGUUAUUUCCACAAUGAGAAUCUAAAAUCCCUUGUAGGUGAUUUGUUUUUUGCUGGCACAGAAACCACUUCCAACACGCUGUGCUGGGCCUUUCUACUAAUGAUAAAGUAUCCCCACAUUCAACAAAAAGUCCAGGACGAGAUUAAGAGAGUUCUAGGAUCGAAUCUACCACGCAUCGAACACCGAACUAAAAUGCCCUACACAGAUGCAGUUGUCCAUGAAAUUCAGAGAUUUGCUAAUAUCCUACCAAUGAGUGUGCCCCGUGUGACUACCGUAGAUGUCACUCUCAAAGGCUACUUCAUUCCAAAGGGAACCCACAUCAUCCCCUUACUGUCCUCUGUGCUGCAAGACAAAUCUCAGUGGAAGCAGCCAAACGAUUUCUAUCCUGAGAAUUUUCUGGACUCUGAAGGAAAAUUUGUGAAGAAGGAGGCCUUCAUGCCUUUUGCAGCAGGUCGGAGGAUGUGUGCAGGCGAAAAUCUUGCCAAAAUGGAGCUCUUCCUCUUCUUCACAAGACUCCUUCAGAAGUUCACAUUCCACCCUGCCCCUGGUGUUUCCAGCUCAGACCUGGAUAUCACCCCUGCAUCUGGGUUUACUACACCCACAAAGCCCCAUCAGAUCUGUGUAGUGCCUCUGGCUUAGGGCUUCUGACCUGGUUUCUCUAUCUUACCCAUGUAUGUCUUCAGGCCUCCCAUAUAAUUGUGCCAAUAGAUAGAGAUGCAGGCAGCCUUGAGUACACUUUGAUCAGUGCUUUGUUACAGCUCUUUCCUGGCUCCUUUUUUGCCAAUGUAUAAUCCCACUGUUCCAGAGGUCUUAGUGGGGUUCCAAAGUUAUAACUGUGUUCAGUAUUUUCCAUUAUAUUUUAAAGCACCACAGGAAUCUCUGUGCUUGUGCUUGUCAUUAGAUUGAUAGAUAUGGGACACUUGAAAGCAGAUAGAUAGAUAGAUAGAUAGAUAGAUAUGCAUCCAUCCAUACAUACAUACAGGACACAGGGUCAAAUUUCUGAUGUAGCUUUGGCAUAGAAAUCCUCCUAAAUCUACAUCUUGAGAAACCCCCAAAAUGCUGACCUUUGUGCCCUCAAAAGUCAAUACCCACUGCAGGGAUGAUUUUCAGCUAGAUAGGAAGUGUAAUGAAUCUGGGCCAUAACCUUGCACCCAGCCAGUCCCAAUCAACAGAGCAGGGUAAGUCAUCUCCAGAACAAGUACCACUGGUAGCAAGCCCAAAGCGCAAAGCAGCACCUUGGUCCCAGCAAGGCUGAGUAAGCCAUCAGGGCAGCCAGUCCCCAGAGGCAGCGGGCCCUACCUGCUCCAGUCUUUGAAUGCCAAGCCCAACCUGUAGGCUCCUUGCCCAGGCAAAGGGGGAAGCUCUUGCUGUAGGCCUGCUGUGUGCUUCCUUGCUGGUUUUCUGGUUCUGACUCUUGGCUCCAAAUUUAGCUUCUGAUCUGGUAAGACCCUUGUCAUUCCCUGAUUCUAGUUUGACCUUCAGCUCUAGUUUUUGACUCUUUUGACUCCUGGUUAACUCUUGGCUUACCCUGUCUCCAGCUACAGCUUUUGACCCCAGUGUGCUUUGCUUUGCGUAUGACUGCUGAAUCCAGUUCUGACACCAGAGUCCUCCAUAUCUCCAUGCUCCCUGGGGAACUGAUCAGGACAACACCAGUGCUUCAGGUGCAUAAUCAAUAGGCAAGACUACCCAUGUCCUGCUUUCAAAACUUUCCUCUCUGUCCCUGCCACAACCUUACUUCACCUGCUUUAGUCUUCUUUUGUAACUAAGCUGGUCGUGGUGCUUUGCUUCAUUAACACUCCUGAGCAUGGUCCUCUCUAAUAUCUACCUGCUCUAGGUUGCAGAGGUUUUCUUGCUAUCUCCCAGUGAUUUGGGGGUAGGGCAAGGCAGGAAGACUGAGAAAUCAGUGUUCCAAACCUCGCUUUAACCAACACCUGUGGCAUUUGCCAAAGGGUCUGUGCUUCUAGGAGUGGCCUUCUUCAUCAUCAACAGACUCAUCUACAACCCUUUCCUUGACCCCUGGGAGUGAUCAUCCUUGACCAUGAGGGAUUGCUGCCACACCAAGGUAUAUUAGGGUUCCAACUUGCUCUUUACACAGAACUCCAGGCAUACUGACAUAGCUAAUCCAAUGAUAGAAACAGAUGUCACCAAAUGAAGUGGAUCAGCUGUGUGAUGUAUCAUGGCACAGCUCAUUUGCUUCAUUGGACAAAACACAUGCUGCUCCUUGUCUCACCCUUGAUGGUGUAGUACAAAGGAUGAUGUGAUCUCCCCACUUUCCCUUUUCAGAUUCCCCAGUAAUCACCAGGGACAGGUCUAGCCUAGUGGGGAGGGGGCUUUCCCUGCCCAGCCAGACUUAGGGUCUAGCUGAGUGGGGGAAACGGGGCGGGCUGGGUCUGCCUAGGCAAAGAAAAGCCUUAGUUUCCCUGCUCAGCCAGACCCAAAGCACAGGUCUGACUGAGUGGGGAACUUCAACAUCCUCACUUAUGGAGAGACACCCUGAGAUUCCCCUGAGUGGCCAUAUAUAAAACAGAGGAAGCGAGCAAGUGCUCUGGGACCCUGAGGGUUCCUCAAGCCUCCAGAGCAGCCCAGGGCAGUGGAAGGGUGCAAGCAGCUCAGGGCAUUUGUACCAGUGGCAAUGCAUAAGGAGUGCACAGGGGUGCAUGUUCACCCCCUGAGAGCACCGGUGCACCCUCUGACUGGCCAUGUUCACUGCUUAGGCAAUGGGCAGGAGUGGCAGGUGGGAGCACUGGUGCCCACCCUGCAAGCACCGGCAGAUCGCUGCAGUCACUCCCAGAAGUGGCCACAGCCAC